CCAAUUUAUAUACCAGUUCCAAGCCAGAAUGGUUCAAAAUUUUGAUCACUCAGAAAAACCAAAAUUAAAAACAUUAUUACUAGCCAAAGAGUAGGGAAUUUGAAGUCUGAAAAUUGAUUGUUUUUUCGGUGAAUGAAAGAUGGUAGUUGAAGCAGAGGUAGUAAGCGUGCCGGUGUUGGAUGUUCAAUAUUUUGCUGCUAAAGGUAACAGCCCUACCGCCGCUGCUGUUCAUGAAAUUGAAGAUGUUGUUACUGUUUUGCCUUCCCCCAGAAGGAUAAGUCAAGUUCGCAUCUCGGAUUCUGUCUCCGCCGACCAGUUGGAUAUUAUAUCUUCGAAAAAAAUUUCAGAUGCAGAAGCAAUUGAGUCUGCCGUCCUGCAGUUUGUGCCUAGUAUCCGUUCUGGUAGCUUUGCCGACAUGGGGCCUCGAAGAUGCAUGGAAGACGAGCAUAUACGCAUAGACGAUCUAUCUGUGCAACUGGGCUCAGUCUUCAAGUUUCCCAAGCCCAGUGCUUUCUAUGGGGUUUUUGAUGGUCAUGGAGGACCUGAAGCAGCAGCUUAUAUAAGAAAAAAUGCAAUGAGAAUCUUUUUUGAAGAUGCAAAUUUCCCUCAGACAUCUGAGGUUGACAAUAUCUUCUUGGAGGAGGUUGAGAACUCCCUACGAAAAGCAUUUCAUCUGGCUGACCUGGCUUUGGCAGAUGACUGCAGUGUGAACACUUGUUCUGGGACAACAGCUCUUACUGCUUUUGUAUUUGGAAGGCUAUUAAUGGUUGCAAAUGCUGGUGAUUGCCGAGCAGUUCUCUGUCGUAAAGGAGAGGCAAUAGACAUGUCUCAAGACCAUAGGCCUAUUUAUCCAUCAGAGCGAAGGCGGGUUGAAGAAUUGGGUGGGUAUAUUGAUGAUGGAUAUCUCAAUGGUGUUCUGUCAGUUUCACGAGCCCUUGGUGACUGGGACAUGAAACUCCCCCGGGGCUCUCCUUCACCUCUCAUUGCUGAGCCAGAGUUCCGGAAGCUUGUUCUAACAGAGGAGGAUGAAUUUCUCAUAAUUGGUUGUGAUGGGAUUUGGGAUGUUAUGUCAAGCCAGCAUGCAGUCAGCCUUGUCCGCCAUGGGCUGCAGCGACAUGAUGACCCUGAUCAGUGUGCCAGGGACCUAGUUAUGGAGGCCUUUCGCCGAAACACAUUUGACAAUCUCACUGUAAUUAUUGUGUGCUUCUCUUCUACUGAUUAUCAGGAGCCAUCACCGCCUACACCUAGGCAACGGAAACAGAGGUGCUUUAGCCUCUCUACAGAGGCAUUAUGUAGCUUGAGGAACUUGUUGGAGGGCAGUGCCAACCGCUGAAUGUAAAUAGAAUAAUUUUCUAAUUUCCAUUGUUGUGUUAAUAAACUGUUUCUGGCUGCUUCAGUCUGGAGAUAGAAAAAGCAGCUCGCAUUUUUGCAGAUGAUUGUUUUCAAACAGCAAGCAUUGAUAAUUGGUUAAUGUACAUAACAGUGGUGGGUGGGUGCUGGCGGUGUAAAGAUCGAUUCAGAUGUAUGCAUGUUUUAUUAAAGCACGUUCAUCAUGGAUGUAUUGUUUUGGCGUUGCAGCCUCGUUCGGCUGCUAAUUUAAUAUAUUCUAUUUUUAAUCUUGAUA